UGCCGUGUCUGCUUAGUUUGUUUUUCCUCUCGGCCGGGAGAAGUUGGAGCGAGGCGCGAUAUAUUCGCCUCCUUUUUUUGGGGAGGGGGUGGGUGGGAGAGGAUUACUGCAUAUGGAUACACGAUAAUAAAACAUUCAGAUGAGGUAACAUCUCCACUAGUGUGAAACAGGAAGUGUACGUGAGCAGCCAUGGGCCAGAGAGCCGCGCUUCUGCUCAGUGAGCUGCCGCUGCUGCUGCUGCUGCCGCUGCUGCUGGUGCUAACAGCCUCACGCACUCUCCUCGCAGUCAGCUUCCCCGAGGACAUUGCACCCCUGGAUGUCGUCGACGCUCACUUUGCCCGGAGGUACCCCGUGUUCAGAGGCCGGCCCUCUGGUAACGAGUCGCAGCAUCGCCUCGACUUUCAGCUGAUGACCAAGAUACAAGACACGCUCUUCAUCGCUGGCAGAGAUCAGGUGUACCUUGUAAGUUUGAGAGAAUCCUACAGGAAUGAGAUCAUCCCUUACAGGAAGCUGACAUGGCGAUCAGGCCAGGCUGACAGAGAGAUGUGCGCUGUCAAGGGAAAACACAGAGAUGAGUGCCAUAACUUCAUCAAAGUGCUGGUUCCCAGAAAUGACGACCUGGUCUUCAUCUGUGGCACCAACGGCUUUAACCCCAUGUGCAGAUACUACAGGCUGGAUAACCUCGAGUUGGAUGGUGAAGAGAUCAACGGGCUGGCACGGUGCCCAUUUGACUCCAAGCAAACCAACGUUGCCCUUUUUGCAGAGGGGAAGCUGUAUUCCGCCACGGUGGCUGACUUUCAGGCCAGCGAUUCUGUCAUUUAUCGGAGCAUGGGUGAUGGAUCCGCCCUGAGGACCAUCAAAUACGACUCCAAGUGGCUUAAAGAACCUCAUUUCCUGCACGCAGCCGAGUAUGGGAAUUAUGUGUACUUUUUCUACCGAGAGAUUGCGGUGGAGCACAGCAAUCUGGGAAAGGUGGUCUACUCUCGCGUCGCCCGGAUCUGCAAAAACGACAUUGGCGGGUCUCAGCGCGUCCUAGAGAAACAUUGGACAUCUUUUGUGAAGGCCAGGCUGAACUGCUCCGUGCCGGGGGACUCCUUCUUCUACUUUGACGUGCUUCAAUCCAUCACUGACAUCAUCAACAUCAACGGCGUCCCGUCCGUCGUGGGUGUGUUCACCACUCAGAUGAACAGUAUUCCCGGAUCAGCAGUGUGCGCCUUUUCCAUGGCCGACAUCGAGAAAGUCUUCCGCGGUCGAUUUAAAGAGCAGAAGACUGCCGACUCCAUAUGGACGCCGUUUCCGGAAGAGAAGCUACCCAAACCUCGACCCGGGUGCUGCGCUGGUUACGGUCCAGCGGCAUCCUUUAAGAGCUCCAUCGAGUUCCCGGACGAAACCCUGCAGUUUAUCAAGUCCCACCCUCUGAUGGACACAGCUGUGCCUUCCACCGGGGAUGAGCCCUGGUACACAAAGACCCGUGUCAGGUACAGACUGACGGCGCUGGCUGUGGACAAUGAAGCAGGCCCGCACAAGAACUACACUGUGGUAUUCAUUGGUUCCGAAUCAGGGGUCGUCCUCAAGGUUUUGGCAAAGACCUCGUCCAUGUCCCUGAACGACAGUCUACUUCUGGAGGAAAUCGACGUCUUCAACAAGGCCAAGUGCCUGUCUAACCACGACGAUGAUAAGCGCGUCCUGUCGCUACACGUGGAUAAAGACGCACACAGCCUGUACGUUGCCUUUUCGAGCUGCGUCAUUCGGAUUCCCCUGAGUCGCUGUGAAAGGCAUUCUUCUUGCCAGAAAUCCUGCAUCGCGUUACGUGAUCCCUAUUGUGGAUGGAUGCCUCAAGGAGUCUGCGAGAGGAUACAGCCCGGUCUUUUGACGGGCUAUGAGCAGGAUAUUGAAUUAGGGAACACUGGCCAUUUGGGAGACUGUCAGGCAUUUUUGGGCACUACAUCAGCGCCAGAUUACAAAUCAUUUGGCGACCCUACCUCUGACAUGGAGUUUUCAUCAGCACCAGUCACUGUCCUGCCCAGUGGGCCCAUACCUCCCCCAGUACUCAUUCCCACUCAGAGCCCCAGCACUGGGCCCGGUCCAGAGCUCUUCGGCUCGGGCUUUGUGCUGCAGGAUGAUCCGGCCACCUCUCAUUCUUUAGACUCUCUCCCGGGGGGGCAAGAGGGCGUGUGGGAUAUCCAAGCAAGUGAAACCAGCCAGAUGGUCCACAUGAACAUCCUGAUCACCUGCGUGUUUGGCGCUUUCCUCAUGGGGGCCCUGCUCGCCGGCCUGAUUGUCUUCUGCAAUCGCGAAUCAUUCAUGCGAAAGCAAAGGCGCGUCCACAAGGAUGCAGAAUCCGCUCCAUCCUGCUCGGACUCCGCUGGAAGCUUCGUCAAGCUCAACGGCCUCUUCGACAGUCCCGUAAAGGAAUACCAGACCAAUGUUGAUUCUCCUAAGCUGUACACCAACCUGCUGAAUAAAGACCUGAAAACGCCCAAUGGUGACACCAAGACCAUGAUCCUCCGUGACGGCUGCGCGCCCCCUGAGUUGGCCGCUCUGCCAACACCCGAGUCCACUCCUGUUCUUCAGCAGAAAGGCUUGCAGCCCAUUAAAAACCAGUGGGAGAGGGACCACAGGAAGGUCAGCGGUCCCCGCAAGGAAUCCAACUCGACAUCCAAGAGUUCUCAGCUUCUCCUGCCUUCGCCCGGUCCACCCAAAUCCAACUCCCACCACCCUCACCUGGCCCUGGGACAUUCUCACAUUCCCAGCGCUGUUGUCCUUCCCAAUGCCACACACGACCACCCAUAUCAUGACAGUGGAGACGAUACUUUACCACAUCCUUCUGAGAAGAAGCUCAAGAAUCCAGACUCAAAGGGAAGUAGGAAAGACCAAAAGCGGUCGGUGGAUGCGAGGAAUACCCUAAAUGACCUUUUAAAACAUCUCAAUGACUCUGUGGCCAACCCUAAGGCCAUUCUUCACGAGGGAUCAGCGCCUCGCCCUCGACAACACCUCACACUGGAACCCAUGGAGGAACUGACGGAACUACCUCCCCGGGUGCCGAGUCGCGAGGCCUCCUUGUACUCUCCUUCCUCCUCCCUGCCGAGGCACAGCCCCACCAAGAGGGUGGACGUCCCGUUGUCCACGACGCCCACCACGCCGACGGGCAGCCUAAGCAUGGGGGGGACCUUGGAGAGGCCCAGAGGAGGCUAUCAGCUCCAACGGAGUGCCUCGCACAGGCACUCCUUGUCCACCUCGCCGAAUGGGGUGACUAUGGGGGUAUCUGUGUCUCGCCAGCACAGUAUGAACAGAGGGGGUUACAUGCUCCCGACACCCCCUUCCAGACUCGAUUCCCACGUCGGAAUGAUGGGGGCCGGAAUGCACUCGCCGAACCCUCCCUCUUUAUCGCGACAAAGCAGCUACAGUGGGCACGGCUCGCUCCCGCGCACAGGACUUAAAAGGACCCCGUCGCUAAAGCCAGAUGUGCCCCCGAAACCUAAUGGCUUUUCGCCACAGACUCCACAGAUGCGAGUGGUCAAUAAGUACAGCUAUUAGAAGAGCCGCGGACACUUUGGCGUGAGCUCUUUGCCUUGACAAUAUAGCUUUGAGCCCAGAUGGCUUGGCUAUUGAUUGGGUUGACCCCAGUGUAAGUCUGUGGGUGUGGGUGUAUACCAAGCUGAGGUGUGUUCCCCUUUAAGCGAUAUGCACACCGACUCACACUUCAGUUAAAAGGGAAAAGAAAAAACAGACAUCACACAUGUGGCCAAAGAUACUGCUCUGAUGUUUUUCCAUUCUUUUGAUUUCCAUCCUGCUCGUCACGUAGGACAUCUGGGCGUUCGGUGUCGCCCGUUUUCAACGUCGACGUGCACGGAUUAGAACGCCAAAAGCAGCCGCCACAGAGUCCCGUCUGCGCGUGAGGUACCGGGUUUGGAAACAGUGGAAUACUUGAAGAAUGGCUCUCAUUUUUCACUGCCUUUAAGCACUGUCUUCCCAUUAAUGUGAACUGAGCAGAGAGGUGAGGCCACGCUUUUGUCAGAGAGCCGGUGGCAGGGCAACGGCGAGUAAACCUAAUACGCCAAUCAUUAGGUUCAAAUAAAACACAGACCGCAAGCAUACAGAAGAGUGCAAAUGACGACGCGUGUUUCCGUUGAGCGCGUUUGACAUCUGCGUAAGGCUGACGUGAAAGAAGCGGCGUGCAGUGGCGCAACACGCGUUAAGCCUCGGCACUCCCGGUGCACCUUAAAAAUCCAUCCGAGACCCAAGUCACUGUCUUGCUGAAACGUGGACGGCCUGAUUUUAAGCUGAGGUGAAACUGUUUUUUUUUUUGUGUCAUUUUUUUAAAAGUAUUUAAAAGGUGAAUAGGUUGUGCUACUUUUUAAAGAUGGUCACACUGGGUUAUAAACUGUUACAGGGACACUUAACUCACUGGGUUAUCAUCAAUGCAUUUGCUGCUACUGGUUUUCGACAUAGCCGUUUGUGUUUGACACAUUUUGUAGUUACCAGAUUGGGAUGACCCUAAUAUGGGUAUGCACAUCUUUUUUUUUUCUUCUUCUUCUUCUUUCAAAACAAAGAGUAGCCAACAGGUACUAUCUCAGCAACCAAACACACCGUUAAGACUGAUGAAUUAAUUCCAUGAUCUAACUGAUAUUCAUGUUCAGAGUCAUACUGCAGAGACUUUUCCUUAUAAAUGUAGCAGAACGCAUUAACGCCAGUGAGCCCCGUGCAUGCAUUUGGCAAUUUCUCCAACACUACAACUAAACAUUUCGUUCUCCCGCAGCCGUUACAUUGGUCACAUGACUGGAAUGACAUUGGAAUAGUAUGUGACCUUUUAAGAGCUCAUUCUACUUUUUUUUUUUCCCCGUUAAUUCCAUCGCCCACGUUAUCGUUCCAGCUUUCCCUGUUAGCGGCCAGUGUACAAUCAACACAAUAUUUACCAAUGUGUCCGGAGAAGUCAUGCUGGGAAUGACAAAGUUUGUGUAUAUACAUAAAAUACUAUAAAUAAGGAGUACGCAUAUUUUUAGGCAAGUGAACAUAAAUCUGUGCAUUGUGUGCCUUAUCCUCAAAAUUACCUACCGCAUACAGUAUAACAUUGGCAAUGUCGACAGUUCUCUCAUUGUCAUUUAUGAUUUAAAGCGUUUCAAUGGCCAAAAAGUGUUGAAAAUUAACUUCCGAAUUGUCGUGGAAGUGAUGCGGAAAACCGCUUGAACCACGUUCCACUUGUGAAUGGGUUACACACACAACCACACAAAAAUAAAUAAAGUUGAAAAAAAUGGCCAUUUCCGGUGUUGACUAUGUAUUAAUCGGCCACGUCGAGGUGCCGUGCUGUGAAUGUAUUUUUUUUUUUUUGACAGCGGGAUGUAGUCUGUUUCGACCUCGCACUGUGGUCCAGUCAGAUCCAUUCAGCACGUCCCGCCCCCAGCCCCUGCAUUAAUACGGCGUCCGCCCGAGAGCUGUUACCGUUCGGCUCGGUUGCGGUUACGCAGAAUCUCAAAUUCAAUUUAGUUUUUAUCGGCCAGUUGGGAUGACUUAACGGAAUUGGUUGAACCUCACACUCCAUACGGGUGACAUCUAUCACACCUGUUUAGCCCAAACCCACAUUUUGUUUACAAGUAAUGAUUGUAUGUAAAGACUUUUCCUUCCAGCCAGUCAUCUAAGCAGUAUUUGGGCUGUUUUUUUGUGGGUUUUUUUUUUUGGGGGGGGGGGGGGGUAACACCUGCAGACUGACAUACACGAACAUCGUUUCAACAAACACUGCUUAACUGCCUUGUACAUUGCAAUAUGAACUCUUUUUUUUUUCAGUUGCAAUCUAAAUUGAAGCCUUUAAAAUUGAGUAAGCUCUUCAUGUGCAGGAAAAGAAAAAGAAAAAAAAACGUUUUUGGUCAUGUCAUUUAGAUUUUAAUGCUGUGCAAGAUGGUGAUACAAGGCCAGCUGUAUAUAUUGGAUCUCCAGUGUCUUUGAGCGUGUAGAUAAUGUUUUAAAGAUGUACUGUGAAAGUGUAAAUAAUAAUGGUCUUUGUUUCAUAUUUUUUGUUGAUUUUUUUUUAACACGGCAUGUAUAGUUGAAAUAAAACAUUAUUGCA